AUGUACGGCGGCCGCGACAUUGGGCUUGGCCUCAUGAUGGUGGUGGUCUGGGCCCGCGGUGACCGCCGCACCCUUGGUCUUACCAUGCUAGCCUCGCUGCCGAUUGCCAUUGUCGACGGCUUCGUGAGCCGGGACCAGAUCGGCGGCGGCGAGUGGGGCCAUUGGGUGUUUGUCGGCGUUGGGGCCGGCUUGGCGGCCGGAUUAUUGGAGUGGUUCUAA